UUCAGGAUAAAAAUAUCCCAAUAUCCUCUAACAAAUAAUCUCCGAUUGAGCAGCCAUGGACUUGUUCGGAGAAUUUCAUAAGGGAGAAAUCGAUGGGAAACCAUAUCUUCUGUACCACAACGUAAUGAAACCAUCAACACAAACACACACCUCAAACUCCUCCGCUGAAAAAACCACCAUCCAAAAACCAUUAUCACUCCAAAACAAAACAAACUCCUCCGAUGAAGUAACCAUCGGUGACGGAGACAACCUCCCUAUUUCACCUAUUUUCAUCUGCCUUAAUUUACGAUUGCAAAAAUCAGCGAGGAUUCAGAAUAUUGCAUUAGGGGAUGAAGACGGGAAAGCCUUACGUGAUAAAUUUUUCAAGCUCGAGACUUCCCCUCUCCAAGGCCAUGGUGACAAUAUAUCGGAUGAUCAUGUCGUACUCCCUCUUUUUUGGUGCAACAACAAAGAAGCUGAUCCAAAGAUGGAUUGCAAUAUUUGCAGAGUGCAAAAGGCAGGCACAAACUAUUAUUACUGUGUCGAGUGUGAUGUAACGUACCAUAAAGAAUGUAUCGAGUCUCCACUUGAGAUCAGUUAUCCUACCCACGCCAAACAUACUCUCCAACUUUGCUUUUCAUCUCUGCGAGGAGUUCAUCAGUGCAUCAUCUGCAAAAACAGAGCAGAUCUUAUCAUUUAUUAUUGUGCUCUGUGUGACAUUUAUAUGCAUGCGGUUUGUGCUCAGGCGGCAAUACCCUUUUUUAUAGACCAACCAAAAAGGCAUGAUCAUACCCUCUCUCUUUUCCCUAGACAAGCUUCCUUAACCUGCAAUGUUUGUGCUUUGGUCAAUAAACUCCAUCUCACCUACGUUUGUCGUUCUAUAUGCGAUUUCGUAGCCCAUAGUGAUUGCAUCCAUGUCCCACAAACCAUAAGAAUAUCUCGUCACCACCAUCGUGUCUCUUUUACUUCUUCUCUUCCAUUAGAAAAAUGGUCUUGUGGAGUUUGUCGUCGUGAGGUUGACCAUGAUUAUGGUGCAUACACUUGUUGUGUGUGUAGUGGCUACGCUGUUCACACAAGAUGUGCAUUGCGCACAGAUAUAUGGGAUGGCAUUGAACUCGAGGGAGUGCAAGAAGAUGAAGAUGUUGAGCCUCCGUUCAAAGGGAUAGCUGGUGGAACAAUACUUCACUUUUCUCAUGGUUGUCAACUGGAAUUUAAGACAAGUGAAGUUUACGACCAAGAAAAGUUUUGUCAAGCAUGUGCCCUUCCAAUCUACGAGAAGAAUUUUUAUGAAUGUGUAGAAUGUGACUUCAUCCUACAUGAAAGAUGUGUAGAGGCUCCCCGUAAGAAGGUCCAUCCAUUACAUCCCCAUCCACUUAUACAAAAGUUUACUCACGUAGAAGGCGGCUUCUCAUGUCAGGCGUGUAAUCGCAUGAGUAAUAGUUUUGGAUAUGAGUGUCUCAUGGAAGAUUGUGGCUACAAUCUAGAUGUAGUGUGUGCCUCUAUUUCUGAGCCGUUUGAUUAUCAAGGCCAUCACCACCCCUUAUUUCUGUCUUUAGACCCCAAAGAAGAGCCAAUCUGCCACAUUUGCAGGUCAACAUAAAUUCAAAAGAUGAGGCAAGUGGCGCAGACUGGUGUGAGUUAUGCGAAGGCAAAUUAGCAAUUGGAGGAAAGGAAGGCUUCUAUAAAUGCAACGAGUGUUGUACCACACUUCAUAUUAAUUGCUUACUUGGCCCGGAACCAUAUAUGAAGUCUGGUGAAACUCCCCCAAAGGAGGGAGGUCAGGUUCGAGUUUUCUUGCAACGCAACAAGUCUCCUUCUCGGCCAAUGUGCGCUAAAUGCAAAAUCCGUUGUCCGUAUCCAACAUAUGUGGAAAUGAGAAAGAAAAUGUAUUAUCCCUAUUUUCUAUGUACCCUUUUUCAUCCAUAAUAUCAUAAUGUAGAA